GAAAAAAAUGUGUACAACGAAAUAGGACUAUUUUGUACGGAUGGACAAAUAAAAAAGAAAGCAGUUGAAAAUGUAGAAUAAUCAAAUGGAGAUUAAGUUUACCAGCCAGCUAUUAAUUAAUUGAGAGUUGUUGCAAUUACAGCUACAGCUCUCAACUUUAAAUAUGAACAACACUGACAUCUAUUGGUAAAACAAGAGACAGAAAUUCAUGGUUUGAAGUGGCCAGCGAAGAAAAAUGACUGAAAAGCCCUCCAUCAUCCUUCUCCUCACUGCCAUCAUCUUCUUCUUGAUCACAACAACCAGAGCUUCAAGAGAUCUUUCAAAACAGCCAAAUAUUGAUAAGUCUUUCACUACCAAUAAUGCCAGCCAUAAGAUUGGCUCAAGCAAAUGUUCAUACACAGUGAGCAUCAAAACAAGCUGUUCCUCAGUGAAGUACACCAGAGAUAAAAUCAGCCUUUCAUUCGGCGAUUCUUACCGGAAUGAGGUGUAUGCACCAAGGCUUGACGAUCCCCAUUCGAAGACAUUUGAGAGAUGCUCAAAGGACACAUUCCAGAUCCAGGGGCCCUGCAUGUAUGAUAUCUGCUAUCUCUAUCUAUACAGGGUGGGAUCGGACGGCUGGAAACCAGAGACUGUCACAGUGUACAGUCCUAACCACAGGUCUAUUACCUUUAAGUACAACAAAUUUGUACCCCGGGGAGUGUGGUAUGGCUUUAAUGAAUGUAACAGUGUGUCCUCCUCAGCUGCUGCUUAGAUGAGAGAAGAGAAGUUGAUACUAAGUGAAUUUGCAUGGUUUGAUUAUUGGGUUGUUAAAAUAAUUUGAGUUUAAAUUGAAAUAAAUUUCAUCAUGCUUUUGGUCUGAUUAUGUGAAUGAUGAAUAUGAAGUUCUCUGCCAUUUGGAAAUUACU